AUGGGGUGCGGGUGGUUCCUGCUGCUGUGGGUGCUCCCCCAGGUGUGGGGAAGUUCUGAGGUCCUGCGAAGGAGUGUCCUCUUCCGCUAUCUCCAGAUCUCCUCCUUCACUAACAGCAGCUGGAUGCGCACUGACGCCUUGAUCCUGUUGGGGGAGCUGCAGACGCACACUUGGAGCAAUGCCUCGGACACCAUCAGCUUUGUGAAGCCCUGGGCCCAGGGCACCUUCAGCAGCCAGCAGUGGGUCCACCUGCAGAAUAUAUUUCGGGUUUUUCGAAGCAGCUUCACCAGGGACAUACAGGAAUUCGCCAAAAUGCUGUCCUUAGAGUAUCCCAUGGAGCUGCAGCUGUCUGGUGGCUGUGAGGUGCACCCUGGGAACGUCUCAGAACACUUUCUCCAUGUAGCAUAUCAAGGAGAAUAUAUCCUGAGUUUCCAGGGAACUGCUUGGGAGCCUGCCCCAAAGGCCCCUAAGUGGGUAGAUUUGGUCAUCAAAGUGCUCAACCAGGACGAAGGAACAAAGGAAACAGUGCAGUGGCUCCUCAAUGACAUCUGCCCCAAAUUUCUGAAUGGCCUCCUAGAGACAGGGAAGUCAGAACUGGAGAAGCAAGUGAAGCCCAAGGCCUGGCUGUCCAGUGGCCCCAGUCCCGGGUCUGGCCGUCUGCUGCUGGUGUGCCAAGUGUCUGGCUUCUACCCAAAGCCCGUGUGGGUGAUGUGGAUGCGAGGGGAACAGGAGCAGCUGGGCACUCAGAGAGGUGACUUCCUGCCCAAUGGUGAUGAGACGUGGUAUCUCCGAGCAACCCUGGAUGUGGCAGCUGGGGAGGAGGCUGGCCUGGCCUGCAGGGUGAAGCACAGCAGCCUAGGAGGGCAGGACCUCGUCCUCUACUGGGGUGGGAGCCACACCUCUGUGGGCUUGGUCAUCCUGGUGGUACUGGCUUGCCUGGUGCUGCUCUUUGUGCUCAUUCUAGGCUUCUAUUGGAUCAGGAGACACCGCUCCUAUGAAGACAUCUUGUGAGUCUUCUGGUCACCUGCCUGUCUGGAGCCCAAGACCUCAAGUCCCCAGAACUGCAGUCUUUGCCUGCUUAGGAAUGGAGGAUGAAUGGAUAGUUAACCUGGAGAAGUAACAAAGAAAAGGGUCAUCCACAUCCUUUCAAUGUUUAUCUAAAGAGUUCGAGUCCUUUCCCUUGUAUGACAAGUUUUUAAGCCCAAGUGAUUCUGUAGAAACAGGAGCCCCAACUCCUCUGAUGACCUGCUGGCAAUGAGCAGGUAAGGGCUGGGGUAGCAGUGCCCUUGUUGGCCAUGGAGUGACAGGGUCUGUCCUGAGCUGGGAAAACGUGUCCUUUGCAAAGGUGGUAGCUGCAGUGGCCAGCUGUCAAGUGCCCAGUCAAACUCUGGCCUGAUUGCAGCCUAUGUUUCUCCUGAAAACUGGAAAUCUAGAAUUUUAUGUGACAGGUGAUUUAAAAAGUUAACUUGUCUUUGGACAAAAUAUUCUUUGUGAUAAAUAAGCACUGCUGACUGGUCCUAUCUCAUGGGCACCCAUAUCAUGUCUCUUUUCCCUGCUUCAAGAUCCAUUUCAACACCUGCUUACCAUGAGAAAUUUUCUGAAUCUUGAGAACUGACCUAUAUCUGUUGUCCUGAGCACCCUCCUUAUAAAAUCUUAUUAGUGUUGCUAACAAACAAAUAAACUUGAAUAAAAUAAACUUAAAGUAUAAUUUGAAUACAAGAAGGGGUUCCUAUAGUUCAACGAAUUAUACUAAUAUCUACACCCAUGUAACUACUUUCCCAUCUUCCCAGAGUUCACAGAAACUUUUCAGUUCCCCAAAGUCUGUGAUUUCUCCUUGUUAAUACCAGCAUGAGUUUGUGUUGAUCUACAUUCUACUUCUUUUUGUUUUACCAGUCUGAUAAUUUGAUAUAAAUGGAAUGGAAUGUUUGUGUUCUUCACUUGACACAAUGUGUGUUGAGACUCAUCCAUGUUCCAUUUAUCAAUAGUUCCUUCCCAUAUACUAAUACUUACGGAUUAAAGGAAUCACAAACUUUGGUGAUUUAUAAUGCUGGGCCAUCAGGAAUGAAGCUGCUCUGAACAUUUACGCAGAGUCUUUGGGCGCCCUUGGUUUUCCUUAUCUCAAGUAAAUCCUGAGAAGUGGAACUGUGAAACUGAAUAGUAAAUGUGUUUCGUUUUUUUUGAUUUAUUGGUUAUUUAAAAAUAUACUGUGUAAUUAUCAAAUGUUUGCUGUAUUUUAUGGGUAUUUUAGUCACUGGCUUUCUCUUUGAUUCCCCAAAUGUAUUUUGUGUGGUUUUCCACUUAGGAUCCCAUUAGUGUGGUUGUAUACGAUGUGGGGUUACAUUGGUCAUUUAAUCACAUAUAUAUAGAUGGGAAAGUCAUGUCAGAUUCAUCGUACUGCUGUCUUUGUUCUUAAAGUGUUUUUCUGUAGACUGCAGAUAGUUGUAUUUUACCUUUUUAUUCUAUAUGACAAUCUGAUUUUUUAAGUGAUUGUUUUCACCAUUUGCAUGUGAUUUGUGUCACAUUAAAGCAAUAUAAUUUGGGGUAUGGA